GUAGCAGUUUAUGGAUACAGUUAUCGGAAAGGACUGGCAGUGAAAUUACAUGAAAGACUGAGUGAUGGGGAUAUUGAAGUGCUGGAAAAUGUUAAACUGAGAGCAAAGUUCAUGAAUUGUAAUGUGUUUGUGACGUCUAUUCGAUACCCGGCGAGAAGAAACAUGCCAUCGUUUUAUAAAGUUGAAAUCAACCGGACCGAAUGGGAGGUCCCGGAACGCUAUCAGAUGCUGGCAGGACUAGGUUCUGGAGCCUACGGUCAAGUGUGUUGUGCAGAUGACACGAAAUUGGGGAUAAGGGUGGCUAUCAAAAAACUUACCCGCCCCUUUCAGUCGGCUGUCCACGCAAAGAGAACAUACAGAGAACUUCGUCUGCUCAAGCACAUGAAUCAUGAAAAUGUAAGAAUGACUUGUCAUAUUUAUUGUGUUAUAGGACUUUUGGAUGUAUAUCAUCCGUCAUCUUCUCUGGAAGAUUUUAACAGUUUGUAUCUUGUGACCCACCUAAUGGGAGCGGACCUCCACAACAUUGUUAGAACACAAAAACUUUCAGAUGAUCAUGUACAGUUUCUGGUUUAUCAGAUAUUAAGAGGUUUAAAGUAUAUUCAUUCUGCAGGAAUUAUACACAGAGACUUGAAACCAUCAAAUAUUGCUGUAAAUGAAGAUUGUGAGCUGAAAAUCCUGGAUUUUGGACUAGCUAGACCAACAGAAAAUGAAAUGACAGGCUAUGUUGCUACUAGAUGGUACCGUGCUCCUGAGAUAAUGCUCAAUUGGAUGCAUUACAAUCAGACUGUGGACAUCUGGUCUGUGGGGUGCAUAAUGGCUGAGCUGUUGACUGGAAGAACUUUGUUCCCUGGAACAGAUCGUAUCCUUUGCUCUUAAACAGGCUUAAUGUAAAUUUGCUGUGCUUGUUGUGUUCUAUCUCUUGGCUAGGUAGUGUUGCAAACUAUUUCUCUUCUAAUUUUAUGAGUUUGUGUAGGGUCAAGCUGGGUGAGUCUGUGUAAUUUCCCCCCUGUUUUAUUGUGGAUGUGUAUCAUAGAAUGUCUGUUGAACUUGUGUUCCCUGCAUGAUUGUCUAUAAGUGUGCAAUCUGCUGUGUCAGUUGUUUGGAAUUUCUUGGUGUGUAGAAGACUCGAGCAGUGGCCAGCAUGUUCUGCCCUGCUCUUACAUGCACUCUUACCAAGAACUGCCCUUAGCACUGUGUGUAGACAUUCAUCAGCUAAACCUUAUCAUGGAGAUUUUGGGGACUCCAAAUGAUGAUUUCAUGCAGAAAAUUUCCAGUGAGUCGGCUCGGAAUUACAUCCAGUCAUUGCCGCCCUUGAAGAAGAAGGACUUCAAAGAAGUUUUCAAAGGGGCGAAUCCUUUAGCUAUUGAUCUACUUGAAAAAAUGCUGGAGCUAGAUGCAGAUAAAAGGAUUACAGCAGAAGAAGCAUUGGCACAUCAGUACCUCAGCCAAUAUGCAGACCCGAAUGACGAACCUAUUUCUGCCCCCUAUGACCAGAGCUUUGAGGAUAUGGAUCUCCCUGUAGAGAAGUGGAAAGAACUGGUGUACAAGGAAGUUGUGGAGUUUGUGCCUCAACUGACAUGCCCCUAGAUUUGUUAUCAUUAAGUAGCAAUCAUCAUAGCUUGUUGUAGAAUAAUGACAGUUAAGCGAGAUUUCCAAUUCAGUUGUUAAUGUGAAUGUUGCUCCUGCCAAACUUUGUGUUCAAACUCAGUCAUCUGAAACGUGCACAUCUCAUGCGGGAGGCUAAUUCUAGUAGUGAGUUGCUCUAUUUUUCUUUUGUUCACAGCACUUUAAAAGUAUAAGCCGUGCUUUGUACUUUCUUUAUAUUAUGUUAUAAAUAUGACUAAGUCAUAUUAAGUCCUCAUUUCUUCCUUAAAUGUUAUUGCUGUCCUUUUUUUAUAUAGAUUUUGUAUUGUUAGUAGUUUUUAGAAUAUUUUUUAUUGUUACUGAUUUUAGUUGUAAAAUAAACUGUGAAGUGUAUUGUUGUCUGUCUACUUAAGACAUACUUUUGUUAUGUAGAGUUUGUAAGAGGGUACAAAACAGGCUGCAGAAGUGCUUUUCUAGCCUCUCCACGGGAAUUGAGUGUCCAAGUGUGGCUGUAAGAAUUUUUCUGUGAUGAUUGCACUCGAGCUCUUGCUGGGCAGCUCGGUUGCUUUCUGCAUGCAAUCAAAAUAAAGACAGAUAUUAAACGUGAGUAGCUGCUCAGGUGUAUGAGGGGAACUGCUAUUGGCUUUUUAUGUAUGGAUUUGUUGCCUUCACCUUGUUGUUUUGAAUCGUUCAGUAUUUUUUGUUAUUCUCUUAAUCUUGGUUGUUCUUGAAUGUGAUCAGUUUUUCAUCUUGAGAAUUUCAUAUUUUUCUGCUGCAUCCAAACAGGCUUGCUCAAGCCAAUUUGUAUAUAAUGUUUUUAUAUUGUUUAGUAAUAAUCUGAAAUAUUUAAUGUUUGAAAUAAAUUUGUUUUGAAGAUGUGCUAUUAAUAUUUUCUUUUACUUGGCUGUUAUAUCAAUUAUGCAAUUGAAGAAAGUGUUGGGUAUUAGUGAAGUAUUUUUAUUCUGUCACUACAGCCUUUCUAGAAGAACAGACUUGUAUUCAUAUAAAUUAUCUAAAUGCAAUGCAUAUUAAUAUGCAGCUUUGUAUAUUAAGGAUUGUUGACUUUCUGUUUAAUGUUUAUUAUUUUCAACAUUUAAUGACUGAUCACAUAAAGUUCCUUUUCCGUAAUAAAAGUUGGAAAACAAAUUUUUCUGCGUGGUAUUAUUCAAACUAAGCUUGUUAACAGAAUUAUGUGCAUCGUCCAUUGAAUCUCGUGAUACAUUUUAUAUUUAGUGAUUCUUUAAAAAAAGUAGAAAGCACUGAACAUUUAGCAUGUCAUAUGGCAGUUGAUGAAGAGUAAAUUACUAAUGAUUUUUUGGUAAUUUCUUAACAUGUAAAAUGCUUUAUUUUCUUUCAGAAGAUUUCUAAUAGAAAUACUAAAAUAUCAAUUCUUGUUAUAGUGCUAACAUUCGUAUUGUUGACAUGUGCUAGUGUUAAACUUUGAGUGAGUUUAAUUCUGCAUUAAUGUGUCCUCAGAAAAUCAUAUGGUCAGUUGAAAGGAAUUAUUGAUUGGCUGUUGAUGAUUUUUCAUUUUUUUCUAUCACUGGGGACCAAAUAUAUUUUUAUGAAAAUUUUCUCAUCUGUAACCUGCUCAUUUUUGCAUAAGAAAUGUAUGGCAUCAGUGUAAAGUGAAUCAAUUCCUAUAAAAUGUGUAUAGAUUAGUAAGUUUUGUAAAUUGCUAGUGAAAAAGUAAAUUGCUAGUUGAUCUCAGACUUGCAGAGUCUGAAUUUUGUGCAUAUUAAUAGGUUGUGCAAAAACCACCUAUUCUCAGGCUUUGUGCCAGUGACAGUUGUUGGCAUCCAAGGGUUGUGCGAGGUCUACACCUCUGCUUUAUCAUAACAGUUAUAGUGUUACGCACAUGGCAAUAUUGAAAAAAAAACUUGUAUUUUAAUUAAAAACAUAAAUGUAUCUAAUGUGUAUAUAUUUAUAAUUACUACAGUAAUAUUGAUUUACUCGCUAUUUAACAGUUACAUCAUUGAAUGAUAUAUUUUCAUAAUUGCAAUAAAGAGUAAUAAAUGAAUUAAUUUAUUGAAUCAGGAAGCAUAAAAAUUUUGCCCCUUGAUGUAUGUGAGUUGUGGCUAUUAAUCAUGUUAUGAAAUAAAAGUUAUUUUUUGUUGCAUUUUUAAA